AAACGUAGCAUUAACUUGUCGGCAUCAUAUGCCCUUAUCCCCGAUGCACGCCUAUCAGAAGAUAUAACACCAUAUGGGUAUGAAAUAGAUUUGCGUCCCAAUAUUGACGAUAAUUCGUUUUCGGGACAUGUAAAAAUUAACUUACGUUGGGGCGUACCUACCCGAAAAAUUUCUUUACAUGCACACUAUGAUUUACAAAUAAUAGAGCGAUCUAUACGGCUCUCCAAAAUAACUUCGAAUAAUGGGUAAGGUAAUUUAUUGAAAAUACUUCGGGGCGAUCGCUUGCCAAAGAAAACUGUAUUUGUUGUCUAUCUGAAGGAUACCUUAAAGGAAUGUCCUCACUGUGAAUUAAGCAUGGACUUUGAAGGCGGAAUUUGGAAUACUAACGAUGGCAUGUUCAAAGGUUCAUACAUCACUUCAGAUAAAAGAGAACAUUUUUAUCUGGCUACUUUUAUGAGGCCGAAUAAUGCUCGCAGACUAUUUCCCUGCUUAGAUGAACCUGGAUUCAAGGUUCCAUUCAAUGUAUCUAUUUCGAGGCCAAGGAACUAUAUCACCCUAUUUAAUACCCCUCUACUUCGGACCGAAGAACUGAAAGCUGAUUCGGAUUAUGUCCUGGAUUAUUUUGAAAUCACUCCACCAAUGUCUACAUUUACCUUUGGCUUUGUGAUGACUACGUUGGAUAAAUAUGAACCCAAAAAUAACAACAAUAAUAUACCUAAAAUAAAUAUUUGGGCAACGAAAGAUUUACAGAAUGAUUUGGAAGGCGUCUAUUCAAAACUUCUCACCAUAUACAAUCACUUGGAAGAAUAUUUCAAUUCAUCGUUGCCACUGAAAAAAAUUGAUGUAAUUGCAAUACCAGGACUUUCGUUGAUGCAACCGGCAGACAAUUGGGGCCUUAUAAUGUUCAAAGAGCGCGAACUUCUUCAACCCGGCUAUUAUCACUUGGCACAAGAAUUGAUUUAUCAAUGGCUAGGGUCGUGGGUUACGCCCUAUUGGUGGGAUGAUGCUCAUGUAAACAAGGCUCUUGCGAGUUUUUUGGCCGCGAAUGCAGUUUUCGAGAUUGACAAUGGGAAAGAAUUCAAUGGAAAAUACCCAAUGACUAUUUUGUACUCCCUUUACUAUGAAUUUAGUAAGAGAUAUCCACACUCGCGCAUUACUGGCAUGAAACAAGAAACAACUUCAUAUAAAACUGAACUAGUCAUGAGAAUGCUAAACUACACAUUAGGUGAUAAUUUGUUCCGAGAGGGAAUACGGAAAUUUAUAGAUGAAAAUAAAUUCGGAACAUUUCGAGAACAUGAAUUGUGGGACACGCUUACUAAACAGUCAGUCCUUGAUAAUACUCUGCCACCGGGAUAUAACAUAUCCGAAAUAGUGCGGUCAUGGGUCAUUAAGGAUCGCUUACCUGUCGUAAACGUUCAGCGAAAUUAUGGCGAUAGAACUGCCCUUGUAACACAAAAGAUCUACUUGAGGGAACGACCCCACGACGUCCCGGAAAAAGAUAAAAUGCUAUGGUGGAUUCCACUUGUAGUCGCACAAGAAAACGAUUUAAAUUUCUCGAGUACGAAACCAGUAAAGUGGCUUGCAAACACGAAGACACAACAAUUGGAGGAUUUGCCAACUGACGACGAAUUUAUUAUAGUUAAUCCUGAGGAAAUAGGCCCUUUCCCUGUAAACUACGAUACGAAAAACUGGAACUUACUGGCAGAAUUUUUGCAGACAAGAAGAGGCCUCAGUGUUAUUCCUACGUAUACAAGAGCAAAACUAUUACAUGAUGCUUGGAAUUUGGCAUAUGCCGGAGAUCUAAAUUUCGCAACGGCAUUGAACAUGACUCUUUUCAUGAAGCUGGAACGUAAUCACAUUGUGUGGAAUCCUGUAUUUACUUUUAUAGACCAUAUUGGGAGACACAUCGAUAUUUCAAAAAUUCAUGAAACGUUUGAGGAAUACGUUAUACACCUAUUGACACCAUUAUAUAUUGAAACGAGUGGAUCUAAUACAUCCGAUCAGUCCUUGUCUGAUUUGAAAUCUAUGGCUGAAACGUUUCUCUGUCGUGCGGGAUACAAACCGUGUAUACUAGAAGCACGAGAAUCAUUUAAACUGUGGAUGGAUAGUGUCAACCCUGAUGAGAAGAUAAUGGUGCCGAAUAAAUUUCUAUGUCCAGUAUUUAAAUGGGGUUCAAUGGAAGAAUGGCAGUUCGGCUUGAGACGUGUAAUUAACUUUCCAAAAUCACGAACACAAAGCGAAAGAACGUAUUUGUUAAAAAACCUAGCAGGUUGUCCUGUACAUUCCGAAAAAAUUUUGCAACUCCUAAAUAUUACGAUCAUCGAGAGAAAUACGAAUUUCACGGAAAACGAUAUAUUUCUAAUAUUCAAUAUGCUCAGCGGUGGAUCAUGCGGCUAUAGAACUCUGUUUAACUUUUUGGCAGACAACUGGGCCCUUAUUAGACAGAGGUUUGAAAACAAAACUAAUUUAUGGGAUAGUUUAGUGGGUGCAGCCACUGGCAUGUUCACAACGGAAGAGGGAUAUGAAAUGGUCAGAAAGCUAUAUGAUGACCAUAAAAACGAAUUUGGCAGUGCGUUACACAUAAUCGAAAAAUCCAUGAGAAAUAUUAAAGAAGAAUCCAAAUGGAGUGAAAUAAAUCUCCCUGUCAUAGAAAGGUGGUUAACUAAAUAUUUGGAAAAAGCGAUCAUCAAAGAUAAGUCCGCUUUGUCUACCUGGAAUGAUUUGGAUAAGUUUCUUACAGAACGUAUCCAAACCAUUACUUGCCUACGUGACAUUCGUGGUAUUGACAACGUCAAUCAAUCAAGUAAAAAAAGGGGUAGAUGUGGUAUUGUGGAACCAUGGUCGUUUGGUGACUUCAGGGAAGAUUGUGAAGUCGUGAGUUAUAUGGUUAAUUGCGUCAGAGAUAGUCAAGGGUGUCUCAAUCUGCGAGCCAAUCUCUCUCGCCAUUCUUGCGGCUUGAUCAACUGUUUCAUUAAGUGGGAUACUACAGUGCCCCGGGAUAUGAUGCAAUUCAAUCUCCUCAAAGUGUUCCGAAGCUAG